AUGGCUGUGUACAGCCGCAAGCCUGGGAUGGGCUCUAGCGAACAUGCUCAAAAUGCUUCUGAGACCCAGAGCCCACGGAGGGCCAUCACGCUUUCCCCUCCUGGGGCACACAGCGCAACUGCCACUUCUGCUCUCUCGCUCUUGGAUGACCGCCAAGCAGCUGUGAUCCUCAAAAACGGGAGCCUGGAGCACGUUAUCAAAAAUUAUUGGAGAAUAGCUCCUUCAGAUUGGGCAUCUGAGCUAGAGGCCAAAAGGUGGAAGUGCGACCAGGAGGCCAAGACCCCCGCCGGCACCUGGGGCGGCCUCUCCCCGCGCAAAGAGGAUGAAGACCUCAACAACGUGCUGGAUUUUAUCCUUUCCAUGGGCAGCGACAGCUACGGGCAGGGCGCAGCUGGUGGGGACUAUCCCCCAGCCCAAGGCGAGAGCGGUGGCUUUUACCAGACAAACCCGUCGCCGGGAUGCUACAGUGCCCUGGAGCAGGGCAGCCCCCCGCCCUACAACGCCGGCAUCGUGCCGGAGAUGAUCCGCUCUGAGAUGGACUCCAAUUACUGCCCUCCUGGCAACGUCCACGGGCGGUUCUUCGUGACACCCAGCUUCGGGGGCCCGCAGUUUGUUGAGAACAUUAAGCCCGAGCCCGACAUGGACAAUUAUGGACCGGUCCUGGGUCUGGUGCCCCAGGCUUGCCCGAAGAUCAAGCAGGAGGGCAACGCGACCUGCAUGAUGGCCUAUGAGCAGCCCCGGGUGGCCAGCUCCCCCCAGAUCCCCGGGGCAGAGGAGCCUCCGCUGAGCCCCGACGAUCUCAUGGUGAAUGACUGCCACACGCAGAUGAUGUGCCCCUCGUCCGUGUCCUUCCAGCAAAGCUACCACCCGACCUCCGGCUUCCACCACCCGCAGACCCAUCUCCAGUACCAGAACACCUCCCAGUUCGGUCUUUUCGAGGACAGCCUGCCCUUACAACCCUCCGCUCCCAGGGGCAUGCUCACCCCUCCUUCCUCCCCUCUGGAGCUGCUGGACUCCAAACCCAAACGGGGCCGUCGGUCCUGGCCGCGGAAGAGGACGGCCACUCACACGUGCACCUACGCGGGCUGCGGGAAGACCUACACCAAGAGUUCGCACCUGAAGGCCCACCUGAGGACGCACACAGGUGAGAAGCCCUACCACUGCAACUGGGAAGGCUGCGGCUGGAAGUUCGCUCGCUCCGACGAGCUCACCCGUCACUAUCGCAAGCACACCGGGCACCGGCCCUUCCAGUGCCACCUCUGCGACAGGGCCUUCUCCCGGUCGGACCACCUGGCUUUGCACAUGAAGCGGCACAUGUAGCCCCGGAGGUGCUGACCUGCGAACGGGGGACGUUGUUUAACCGCUCAGGUGCAGAAGCGUUAAAAACUUGUAGCUGGUACUACGUAGGGAGGCACCGCCGCUCUAGCGAUGGAAGCUGAGGAGCAUUUGACACAAGGAGACUUAGCCAGUCAUCUCCUGCAGAGAAUCUGACGUGACCGUAUCAGUGAACCUGCCCAUCCCGGUCAGG